GAGUGUACUAACUUUCCCAGGGCUUGGAUGAUGUGUGACCAUGAGCCCAACAAGGGCUACGGACGCCGUGUUCUACGCGCGUAGUCUAGCCACCGGACUGUGUUUGAUAGAGGUGGCAGCUGGUCUGUUGAAUAGUGGAAAGCACUUCUCGUUGAACUUGAAGUGAGUCUAAAGAUCACCACGUCUUCAAGUAGACUCGUCUAGAGAAGAAUUUCCCUACUAGCUCAAGACAUUUGUACGAGUAGUUGCACCUCGAUUUCCAUUUCUAUUAAGAAUUCCUUACACAUUUUCAUCAAGCGAAACCUCCAAGUUCAAAAUAAGAAGAUGUCCGUCCAAAGUGCUACCUCUGGUCCUUACCACUUUCACACUGCGCCACAGUCCCUGACUGCUGGCAUUCCUGAUCCUGCUACCGUCCAAAAGCAAAAGGAUGCUUACCUGCAGAUGUUGGAGCAACGUAAGUCUACUCGCAAUGCUGGCUUUUCCGAAUUUCCUCUUCCUUCUUCAUCUUGAUAUAACUUAGAAGUAGAAGUCCCUGAGUUUUAAGCUGCCACGGAAGUUCUCAUUUUUACCUGCUGGUGAGAAUAUAGAUACAACGUAUUCUUAUUUCUCAAUAAAAACAUAUAAGAUAUAUUAAUAUUUCACAAACUACCACAUCAGAAAUGAAGCAAGGCGUGAUGGCCUUGGACGCUCAACUGACGCAUCAGAAGGAGUAUUUGGCUGCCCAAGCAGACCAACAGAAAAAGCAAUUUGCGAUGCAAGUAGACUUGGAGACUGGACAGCAGCAGAUGGCUUUGCAACAACAGUAUCAAGAACAGAAAAUGUCCCUGCAGCAACAAGCAGGUGCGCAAAAAUCAGCCUUGGAGCAUCAAUCGAUGCAAAUGAUACUGGAUUACACACAGAAAAAAGCUGAAGACGAAAUGCAAAAACAACAGGUAAUUUAGAUGUAUCGUGAUGGUAGUGCUCGUGAAUUUUGGGUGCACCAUUUAUUUGUAGAAUGAUCUGAUCGUGAUAUAGAUAUUGUUAUUGAAGUAGUUGAAAUAAAUCUUAUUAAAUAGAAUUAUCCAACAAGUUUGGAAUUAUCCUGGCCUUGCGGCAAGCACGCAGCACCUACUAGAGUGCCCUGCGCUCCAGGCUCUAGUAGAGGCCCACGGGGUUCGGCGAAUGUUGGGGCGGCUGCGUCGAACCCGAAGCGGCUCAUCCCAUACCUUCGCGACUUAGCGACCAGCUUCGGCGGUGCGUUCUUGCGAGCGCAGCCGCCACACCUCGCCCAGUGAAGACAAGGGGAAACGAGUAGCGGCCGCUGUGGUAAGCCCAUCGCUGCCCGCUACGAUAGGAACCGUGUAGGACUAGGACAAUUCUACGAUUAUAAAUAAAUCUUAUUAAGUAGUAGAAUUAUCCAACAAGUUCAAGUUGAAUUCACAACACCCACACCAGUUAGAAAUGGAGCGUUCUCAACAAGAGAUGCAGAUGAGGAUGCAGGCUGAGAUGGCCAGACUCCAUACAAGUUCCGCAGCUCAUGCGUUCCACAGUUCGAACGGCGCCUCAAUGACCAUGCUCAACGUGCAAAAUAUCAGCAUGAACAUGUUGCCGGGAUUUGCUGGUAGUGGUACAGGAGGAAAUAACACGAAUGGAACCGCCUCCAGCAAUGUUGGAGGAGGUAAUUAUAGCAACUACCUUACUGGAACGACCACCUCUAUGGCACCAGGAGGAGCCAUCACAACAGGAGGCGAAGACAAUCAACAAGACAACUUGGCUGCAUCUUCCACUGCGAAUCAACUGACUCAAGCACAAGGAGGGAACUUGUCUUCGGCUUCGUCGGUCACGGGCAACACGACUGAGCGAACGAUUGUGGGUGGUGCUUACUUCCCGAUUUUAGGCGGAACAUCGUCGUUUAUCGCUGGAACAUCAGCGCCGGCUGGAGGAGCGUGAAGAUUGAUGUACCUGUAGUCUAGGCGCACGGAAGAACAUGAAGGUAGCCAUUAUAGCGGAUGCAAAUAAUGCUGGAUUUUGCUGAGUCCGGCAAGAACCUCUGACAUCGUUCGAGGAACAUAAAAUGAACAACUACAACUAUUGUUUCCCCUCUUUGAAUUUGAAAAUAAUUACAUGCAUGACAGCAGCACGUGUUUCUUUCAAUCAUCUUCUAAACAAAAAAUGAAUCCUUGAUCCGCCCUUCCCAUCUACUUACCAUUAGAGUAAUCACUAUCACCCAUAUGCACCCAUCAGGCAACCAUUUAAUUUUUUGACUGCGUUCACAUCCAAUAAAGAUUAUAAAUUUACUGUAUGAUUCAGAUUCUUCAGGAUGACUACCACGUUUUCAAUCUAUCCAUCUUUUCGCAUGACCCUGUAUUUCUACAUGAAAAUGAACAACGAGGAGCCCCUUUUUAGUCAGAGAUUUCAUUUGAAAAUAAUACUUUUACUUUUAUUGGACGCUUUGGCCUUUGGUAACUAACGCAAAGAAGAACAAAUUGAUAUUCGGAAAAUCGAAAAAACCUUCCUCGAACCUGCGUUGCUUAUGUGGAAAUCGAAAAAACUGGGUUAAUCUCUUACCCUUCAAUUUCAACUUUCUUCAGCUGCCACAAAUAUCAUUCAAGGGUAUGGUCGUUAUGCGAGGGUCAUGGUACACAAG